UUAUUAAUUACCCGAAUUAUUUUAAUAGAAAUUCUAGAGAGAAUAAUUCUAUUUUGGAAGUUUACUGAUGUGCUUGCCUUUAUAAAAAAUUGAUGAAAAACUGUGUCACAACUUUGUGAAAUUUAAAUCUAUUACACUUAUUUAGUAUCGAAUUCCAAGGGUUGCUUGUUUUCUCUAUACAUAUAGAAAAGAUUGAAAAACUCCGUACAUUUCCACCUUUCAUAUAUGUAUGUACUUAUGUACCUAUAUGUAUACGGUAUAAUUUAACCCCAUGUAGUUUAACCCUUAAUGAAACAUAUACAAGGUUAUCAACGUAAAAUAAUUACAUAUGUAGAAUAAAGAACACCAGAGUAGAAAACAACGGGCCAAUUUAAUUUAUUGGUAGCGGUAGCCGGCCCAGUCCCGCAUUUAGGGAGGGAAUAAGGCUCACAAUAUUGGUCCCUACCUUGUUACAUGAGAAUAUCCUCGCAUAACAGGUUGCUUGUCAACAAGCAAUGUGAGAAUGUGAUCUGAGAUUUGAGUGUAGUAAGAGGAUGUUCGCGAUCAAGGUAAAUGGCAGUAGCGGUAAUUCGUAGAAGUAAGCGUAGCAGUAGGGGCCCAACAUGUGAGUGGCUGUUAUACGGUCAGUCAGUCGGUCAUCGUCUUUCGUUCGUAUUCUAUGAAGAUUCUCGAGAAUCACCUAAGUAUUUAAGUACUACUUGCUUCGGUGAUGAUCGAAGAUGAUCGUUAGAUACUUCUCGAUCGUUUCGCUACAACUGGCCAUCCUGGUCAGCCUCACGUUCGCGUCAGAAGUGCGGUGGAGUGUAUUGUCGAGUGGCACUAUGAUCACUAUGAUCAUCUUUCCGUUGAACACGCAUCAAUGGUCCUUGCUGGGUUUGAAUCUUUGGCCGAGCCAAACCAUUGAGGAGGAACCUUCGAAUGGAUUCGAUUUGAACAGUAAUCCAAUCUCGAGGGUUUUGAAUUUUUUUCCAACCCCGGUGCAAGAAGAGUGUCUAUCACAGGACAAACGACGACGGGGUAUAUGCAUGAACACGUAUGAGUGUCGCAUUCAACAAGGGAAAUCCAAUGGACGGUGUGCGCUUGGUUUUGGCGUGUGUUGCAUAUUCACGGCAACCUGCGAUCAGGAGGUACAAAAUAAUCUGACCUACGUGACCAGCCCGGGUUUCCCCAACCUCAUUGACUGGCCCAUGAACUGUUCAGUGGUCGUACGGAAGAUCGAUAGGCAGGUCAGCCAACUCAGGAUCGAUUUCGUCCACUUCAACAUAGGUCAACCCAACCCCAGAACGGGUGUAUGUGACGAAGAUAUCAUGGAAAUCAGAAAUGGUAAGAGCGUGUUUCAACUGUGCGGCUGGAACAGCGGUCAGCAUUUAUACAUAGACGUGGAUGAGAACAACCAGUCCUUAACGUUAGACUUCCAGUUACCCAGGAGGAUCCAACCACGAAUGUGGGAGAUAAGGAUCGUCCAGUUGGCGUUCGAGCAACGUGCACCCACAGGAUGCCUGCAGUACUUCCAGUCCCCUAAUGGCACCUUAAAGACCCUUAAUUUUUUGCUCAAUGGCAGAUUUUUGGCCAAUCAGGAUUAUUUGAUGUGUAUUCGCCAAGAAAGAGGAAUGUGUGGAAUAGCUUAUAUGCCUUGUUCCUCAGAUUCAUUUCGAAUUGGACCCCCCAGGAUGCAAAAUAUGAUAAAUAACACUAAUGUUAAUGCAUCGUCUAUUGAGGGGAAUUCAAACAUGAUGAAUUCGACUAUGCAAAAUGGUAUCAAUAUGAUAUCCAUGAAUAAUACGGAUUCGGAUAUCGAAGGGUCAGGGACAAAUCCUAUGGACGAUGAUGGUAUUUCCGGAAAUGCGACCAGCAUAGGACAGGAAAGUGCUUCCAGUAGUGGAAUCAUGGGUGAAGAACGGUGCAGGAACAGGGUGCUCAUUCCUUGCGAUUUUGAGGAGUUUAUCACGCCUGGAAACAACGAAGCUGGGAUUUGUAAUCUUGAACACUGUGGUAAUUCUCUGUGUGAUCGAAACGAGCUGGACGAAGAAGGUAAUUGUCGAGUAGAGACUUGGGCAACGCCCUUUCGCAUAAGGGUGGCUUUUGGUCCUGGACAGUACACAGGAACUACACUCGAGGACAAUAUUGGCAUGUGCCUCCUGUACGAACAGCUACCCUGUGUCGCUUGAACAACCUUAUAGUGAUAAAUGAUUGCAGAUGAUGUGGGGGGAGGGGGGGCGGGGGUGAAACUUGAAGAGUACGAAGUUUAAACGGGUUACCCAAAGUUUGAUUUUCUAAACGAGGGUCUUUCGAUAAAUAACAUCUUGUUUUAUCAAAUCUCUUUUUAACAAAUUAAACAAGUUCCAUUCUUCGGUACUCAAUAUUAUUAAAAUUUCACAACUCUAUCCUGUUUGUAAAAUUUCUUUUAAUAACAAAAGGAAAGAAAAUAUUAUUACUGCGACGAACAAAAUAACAAAUUAUUUUCUCUGUUUAUAUUAAUUAAUGUUCGUUACCUCUGAAAAUCAAACGUACAAAGUUAUUAAAGUCAAAUUACCUUUAUGUGUAAAAGAUUCAGGAUAUUUCCAAAUGGAAUAUCUGGUCUAAUUACAGAAGCAAAUAGUUUGUAGCUUUUUGCUGAAAUAACCAAUUAAAAUGUUGCUUCUUCCAUCGAA